AUGCCCUCCGUGCAUGUACCUACUUUGAGCACGAUAUCCUCAUCUGCCAAAAGUGGCACGACUUUGAGCUGGCAGAACAAGUUGCCGAGGCUCUGGCCGCUGAAGAACUCCCCGCCUGUUUUCAAUGCCCUAGUCUGGUACAAGCCUGACGGCAGCCCGUUGGACGAUCCCGCCCUCAACACCAUCAUCCAAGAGCGCAUCAGCCGCAAGGUCGGGGCGGACGACAUUGUCGUUGUCGGCGGCUCGCCGUUUUAUGAAAACAACGAGUGGUUCGUCCACGGCACCAAGGCCUACUCGUUUGUUGUCGACUGGUUUUUCGGCGCCGUCGGUGGCCACAAGCCGGACCCCAGUUACGAUCCCAGCCCUGCCCUCAAAGCCGAUCUUGAUGCCCUCCCACAAGGCCCCCUUCCGACCCUCAUUGUCUUUGAAAAGCUUCCGCAAGGCUUUGACAACACCCGCCUCAACGGCGCCUUUUCGACGCGCAGCUCGCCAAGCUGCGGUCGCGUCGCCGCCUAUGAUCCUGUGAUACGUCUCUUCUACGAGAUUGUCCUCCGCAAGGCCGUCGAGUACGGCCUCCUCACCGAGGCCGAGGCCCAGGGCGAACUCUCAGACGAAGAGUUUGCCGCGUGGGCCGCCGCUGGCGCCGACCCAGGGAACCUUCGUAGUCUCGUUGGCGACGACCCGACCCCGAUCACCAUCGCCCGCGGCGACAAGGUCGCCGAGCUCCUCGGCCCCAACUUUGUGCCGACCUAUCAGCACUACCUCAACAACCCG